CCAUGAAUGUCCUGGUGACGGAGCUCAAUGUUCUGCUGAAGCUGCUGGACAACGAGACUCUGAGCUCUCCUACUGAGGACAAGAAGACCUCUGUUAGGAACCUGCUGAAACAACUACAGCCCACAGGUAGGAGACGACAGACAGACAGACAGACAGACAGACAGACAGACAGACAGACAGACAGACAGACAGACAGACAGACAGACAGACAGACAGACAGACAGACAGACAGACAGACAGACAGACAGACAGACAGACAUACAGGACAGACAGACAGACAGACAGCUACAGCCCACAGAUAGGAGACUACAGACAGACAGCUACAGCCCACAGGUAGGAGACUACAGACAGACAGACAACUACAGCCCACAGGUAGGAGACAAACAGAGGUAUAGACCAGACCUGAAUUCAAAUACUAUUUGAAAUCCUUCAAAUACUUUUUAGCAUUUGCUUUAGUCUGCCAGAGUGCCAGAUGGAAGGCAAACUCAUUCAAGCACAGAUAGAUGCUUGAAAUGAUUUCAAAUAGUAAUUGAACCCAGGUCUGGUACAGACAGGGAAAGACAGAUAGGAACAGACAGACAGUAAACAGAUACAUCACAGAUUAAGUGAAAUCGAAUAAUAUAAGAUCUUCAUGAAGUGUGUUUAUACAGUAUGUUUUGCUUCCAUCUUUCCCCAAGUGACAGGACCAGACUACUUGUACAUGAACAUGUCAGUGUACAGAAACGGCACCAGCUUUGUGGAAUCCCUCUUCGAGACCUUUGGUGAGUUUGGUCCUUAGAGUGAUACCAACUUUAUCUGAACAACCAGGGCAUUAAAGGGGAAGUUAAUGAUUGUACAACAGUUUCUCCUGGCCCAUAGACUAUUUUCAGGGUGAGCAACCGCCUAACUUCAAGUUGUAAAAUCCUGAACUUCCCCUUUAACUGUCUUCUACCUCUCUGUCCAGACUGUGACCUGGGGGAGCUGAAAGACAUGACAGAGGACCAGAAACAGAAGCAGGACACACACACAGACACACACACUGACACACACACAGACACACACACUGACACACACACUGACACACACAGAGACGACACAAUACCCUCAAAA